AGAAAAAAAAAAUCAGCCAUUCUUUGUUCCAUUCUAUGCCUUGUUCUGUGCAUUUGUCACAAAGUAUUUUGAAGGCAAACCAAAAAUAUUGUAGUAAAUAUGAGUGUUGGUUUACAUCCUAUAAGGAUGGUGCGUGGUGGAGGCAGAGGUGGCCCCCGGGGCGGUAUGCGGGGAGGCAUGAAUCGACCUGGUCCUCCUUUCAAGAAACCGCAGUACAUUUUCCGUCAUCCAUUUGAUUUGGCACUGUGCGAGUCUGCAUUUCCAAGGGUUGAGCCUGCCCCAGAUGAAACUGCUUUCACCCAGGCACUGCUGAAGCGGAAUACAGAUCUGUCACCAUCUCCUGCUGAACAGACAGCUGUUCUCAACUUGGUCACUAAAAUUCAGACUGUUAUGGAUAACCUCAUUGUGGCUCCAGGGACUUUCGAUGCUUGUCAACUGGAGGAAGUUCGUCAGGUAGGUUCUUUUAAAAAAGGCACUAUGCUGACAGGACAUUGUGUGGCCGACAUUGUGGUUAUUCUGAAAACCCUGCCUACCCGAGAAGCCGUAGAAGCCCUCGGUACCAAAGUACUAGAAGAACUGAAGGUUCAAGAGCCUCACGAAAUCCUGUCUAUGCUGACGAAUGAGCGUGGUUUCGAGAUCAGCAGCUCCGAGGCUACUGUGCGAGUGCUGGUAACCACCAUCCCUCAGAACAUGCGCAAGCUGGACCCAGAGCUCCAUCUGGAGCAAAAGAUUCUUCAGAGCCACAUUGCAGCGAUCAGACACAGUCGAUGGUUUGAGGAGAACGCCCAUCACUCGUCAAUCAAGGUACUCAUACGUCUACUGAGGGAUUUACGAAAUAGAUUUGAAGGAUUUGAACCUCUCUCACCAUGGAUGCUUGACCUGCUGGCACACAGCGCAAUAAUGAACAACCCAAGCCGCCAGGUGCUGCCCAUAAACCAGGCAUACAAGAGAGUUCUGCAGCUGUUGGCUGCCGGCCUCUUCCUGCCAGGAUCUGCAGGCAUCACAGACCCCUGCGAGAACGGCAGCAUCAGAGUCCACACGGCCAUGUCACUGGAGCAGAUGGACUCGGUGUGCCUCACUGCACAGACUCUGCUCCGUGUGCUGGCCCAUGGAGGGCACAGGCACAUCCUGGGGCUUGAAGGACACUCUCGUGAGUACUCCAGUACUCAAACACAAAAGCAGGAGAUUCAAAUUCCUAAUCAUGAUGGUGGGAGACUGGGUGGAAAAUUGGGCUUCUCCCACCUAAAGCGGGAAAGUUGGCACUUAAGCGGCAUGUUUUUGAUCCUGCCAACUUUGUAGAUUAGGUAUUUUUAAUUCCAAACCAGCAAAUCUUUAGGUUGAUUUGACCACUAGAGCAAAGAAGCAUGUGUGGUUUGCCCACAAGCUGGAUCCCCGAAAAGGCAGUAGAUUAGGGAUGGGUCGGUACCGGUUCUCGAUUCCUAUGGUUCUCAGCAUUUUAACCAGCACCAAGAACCGCAGCUAAAAUGUCGGUGCCGGUACCGGUACCGGCAGUAUAGCAAAACCCUUUUUGAAAAUAGUCCUUCACUACAACUUAACUGCAGCAUGAAAUGGCUCAACUCACGUCCAAUUCACAUAUGAAUUAUUUUUUUGGACUUCUGUGGAAUAAUAUUUAUCUCUUAACUAUAAAAUAAAUUACACGUGAAAAUAUAUGAUAUUCUCGUCACAUCUGUAAACAAAGUACAUUUUUCAUUCAAAACAACAGUUGAAGGUGCCAUAGAUACUUCGUCGAUCAACUCUUAAUGUGUCUCUGUAGAGAGAUAUGAACAGAAAGAUGCCAUAUUUGUUUCACUGGUUUUAAAAAUAGGCAGCUAAUUGAGUCAUUGACACGUAAGUAUGCGUGACUGGUGUAUAAAGAACAAUUAAAAGUGCAAAAUAUUUGUUUAAUAGAUAGGGCCUGGAAAAAUUAACAUCUAUUUAUUACAAAAUUAGCAUUUAUGAUGUUGAAAAUUAGCAUCUAUUUUCCAGAAAUUAUCAUCUAUUUUUGAGAAAUUUUCUUAAGAUAUUAAAGUUACAUAACAAUACAAGAAGUUGUAAUAGUGUUUCUACCCAUUAUGACGAAUUUCAACACAAACCAAAAUCAUUAAACGGUAUUUGUAAACAAACGUUUGAGCACUAGUAAUUUUAGAUGAAAACAAACGGACGAUUCAAGUUGGCCAACUUCAGUACGCUAAACGUGCACCACAAAAUGUAUGAUUUGUCUCUAUGUAAAAUAUUGAUCAGAAAAAAAAU